AUGAAUUGCCUUGUGGUUUCUCAAUCUCGUUUUGGCAUCGCCACCAUUGUGUUCUAUACUUGCCUCUGGAUCCCAUUGGUGCAAGUCAAGAAAGCUCUGGUAAGGAUAGUAGGGCUCCUCUUUUUCAGCACGUCUGAGCAGAAUGUGGAGAGCUUGAAUCAUGAGGCAUUAUGCCUUCCGGUUACAAGGUUUACAGACUUGCAGAGGUACAGCAAUCGAGGAAAUGAGAAUGUGGAGGAUACAUGCUCCAUUUGCUUGGUGGAGUUCGAGAGGGAAGAUGUGGUGAGCCAACUGUCCAGAUGCGGCCAUAUCUUCCAUAUGAACUGCAUCGAAAGGUGGGUGGACCAAAACCAGUUCACCUGCCCUCUCUGUAGGUCGUAUUUCAUUUCUGAUGUAAAUGCUCAUUCUCAUGCAAACUGCAGCAGGGGUAGUACCAUUUCACGUAUCCCCUCGUACCUGGAUUCUUUUUCUUAG